AAUUAAGUUUUUCUUCGUGGUAUUUUCCUGCUGACUUCUUAAGACUUGUUUUGCAGAGUCUUUGAACCUGGAUGUUCUCAUAUUCUUUCAUAAAGCUAAAUCCUCAAUUAAGAUAAUUUGUUAAGGCUUCUGUAUUCACAUACAGAAACAGACUUGCAGGUCCAAGUAAACUUCCUAAACAGUAUUUUGAACCAGCAGCUCUAACCUGCAUAUCAAAACAUUUUUUAGGAUACUUGACCCUUUGGAGAAACUCAUGAAAACCAUUAAAUUUUUCCCCAGAUAAAUGUACAUAGAUCCCAAAUUUUGUAUACAAUUUCAGGAGGUCCCACACAUGGCUUCUUAAGCCUAAAUACAAGCUAAAAUCUUUGCCUACAUUUUUCUGAGUUAGCUUCCGAGAACACUAAAGAUGAAUGAAGUCGUUUCACUUGCAAAAUUUAAAUAUAUAAGCAAUUUUUGUUGAAAUAAUAGCUCUCCCAGUCACAAAACUUAAUGAGGUAAACUUUCUGCUUUUAUUCGAAAGACUAAAAAUAUUUUUUAAUAUAAACAAAACAAAAAACAGGUUAUAUUCCGAGCUUGCACCUGGCUACUGUUACACGGGCAGAAAACCAGUUUUCAAAGCAUAACAAAAUGUCUUUUUAUGUGCCAACUUCAGCCAGCCGUAAACAGCUCAACUCCGUAUCUAGACUACACCAGCCACGACUCCCACCCUCUCUCUCUCCUCCUUCCCCCUCCCUGCUCGAAAAAGACAAACAGUUCCAGUCUUAGAACCACAAAUCCCAAAACAAGAUUGUGGGUGUUGUAGUCCUUUGCACACAAGCACUGCAAUAAAAGCAGGGUGAUUUACGGAGGCUGCUGAAGAAUCCAAUACUUAGCAUGAAGGAGAUCAAAGCUUCUUGAUACCCUAAGCAAACAAAAUAAUCAUGUUGACUGAGACAGAGUAGGAAAAUAUUCCUCGAACUGCAAGUCCCAGCGUGCUUUGCGCCCCCAAGGACGGAGUGAGCCCUUUGCGCCUGCCCAGCCGGUUGCUUGCGUCCGGAAAGCUGAGGUCCCUGCCGGCAGCAGAGACCACAGUGAAGGAGACAGCUACUGCUGCAGCUCCCGCUGCUACCGCCGCCGUAGACCCCUGACACCGCCGCCACUGAGGAGGAAGAGCCGGAGAAGGAUGUGGGUUUUUGGUUAUGGGUCCCUCAUCUGGAAGGUGGACUUCCCCUAUCAGGACAAGCUGGUUGGAUAUAUCACAGGCUACAGCAGGCGCUUCUGGCAAGGCAGCACCGACCACCGCGGAGUUCCUGGCAAGCCUGGAAGAGUUGUGACUCUUGUUGAAGAUCCUGGGGGCUGUGUAUGGGGUGUUGCUUACAGACUGCCAGUAGGAAAAGAAGAAGAAGUAAAAGCAUACCUUGACUUCAGAGAGAAAGGAGGCUACAGGACCACAACAGUCAAUUUUUAUCCAAAAGAUUCUACAACAGAACCAUUCAGUGUGUUGCUAUAUAUUGGAAGAUGUGAUAAUCCUAAUUAUCUUGGUCCUGCACCUCUGGAGGACAUUGCUGAACAAAUUUUUAAUGCAGCUGGUCCGAGUGGAAGAAAUACAGAAUAUCUUUUUGAACUUGCAAAUUCUAUUAGAAGCCUUGUGCCAGAAGAUGCAGAUGAGCAUCUUUUCUCUUUGGAAAAAUUAGUUAAGGAACGUUUAGAAGAAAAACAGAACUUCAGUUGCUUAAAAAGACCUAAUCAUUGAGAGUUUUUGUCUUCAGAGAAUAGCUUCACUGCACAAUGGCAAUAUGAUUUGUAAACAUUUUUACUGGAAGAUCUUAGCUGUGUUUAAUGUUGUAGUCGAGAUAUCAUCAAAAUUUAUAGUUUAAUUGCAAGUGGCCUAAACACAUACAUAUGUGAAAUAUUGGGGUAUAGUUAAAGAAAAAAUUUGUUUCAAUAAUAUAAUGAUUUUGCAACUAUAUGACCCUGAAUACUUGCUCAAAAGAAGUGAGUUCUUUAGAAAAAUAUAAUGAAGGACUCAGUUCAGAACUUGUUUUUAUCUGAAUAAAUAUAUUUCUGUUGUUUCAUAUUACAAUAUUAUUUUGAAAUUGUAGAGAAUUAAACCAAAAGUCCAGUAAACAUAAUAAGGUUAUACCUUCAAUGUAUCCCCACACAUUAACUCUGUAACUGUGGUUUAAAACACAUAAGUGUAAAAUAAGAAGUAACUAGAAAUGUAUGGUAGUAUAGAAAAAAUUUUGGCCUUGAUUGUGAAUUUCCUUGUUUAGGUAUUAAAUAAGACCCUUUCUAAUUUAAGUCAAAAAUUUUAGCAUUUUAAUUUAAAAUUUUCCUUGGAAUUAUAAUGUACUACACCUCUGCUUUUCUGAAUAAACAUAUUUUACUACAUGGAGGAAUUUCGGCUAAAAAAGCACAAAUUACAUUAUACAAAUCACAUCUACUAACAAUGUAGUCUAUCAUUCAUUUUUAAUUAUAUUGAAACU